UACGGACAUACCACGACAACCGCUUGCGAGCACGCUAAAAUGCAUUAGAUUCAGCCUAAUUGCAAAUCAUUAUUUUAUUAUAAGUUAUACAUGCUGUGCAAGUGUGGGAUGGUUGGUCUGAAAAUAGCAUAACGAGCUAACAUUAGCAAACAACCCGUAACACAAGUCAAUGUUACGUCACGUGGUGUGAGUAGGGCGGCCAUCUUUCUCUAAAAACACAAACAACAAGAGUAAGGAGCAGACUUCUCGACUAGACAUCAACACGCAGCGACCGUAGGAGAGGGGGUAAAUAAAUCAAAUAUUGCGCACGACUUCAUGACAGUAUCAGUACCAUUCUGUUGGAGGAGGAUGUUUGCAGAAAGAGAAAGGAAACCAAUGCAUAUGAAUUAAAACCGAAGAUUGUACACAACAAAACGUAUUUUAAAAAAAAUAACAAACGACAUUAAUUCAAAGCAGUUUGAAGGGAGGUGGACAGGAAUCAAAGGUGUCGACACCUAGCGGGCCAGUCAAGCCACGUUUCAGUCGGAGAGAGAACGACAGGAGAGAAAAGAGGGAGAGAGUCGCGUCUGCUCCUGGCAGCUGUUCCAGCAGCCUGUUCUGUUUUCCCCUGGGUUUUUGAUUUAAAUCGAGAAUAAUCGUCAUUUUUUUUCAUGUCAAAUGUGAUAUUACUGCUGUUGUCGUAAUCAUUAUUGUUACUAUCGAGUAUUUUAUUUUGUUUGUUUCAUCAACUCGUUUUCGGAUUAUUCCAGUUUCUUGUUUUUAUUUUUACGACUUUUUCCAGCUGUGAGCAGAGGCUUCUUCCAAACUGUCCUCAUAUCCAUACCAGUACUCUAUCCCCUAUACACACCUGAAACAGGCAGCUAUUCUCUAUCUCUGUGUGUAUUGGGGAGCUCUGUUACCACAGCUGUGUAAGCACCACUCAGCCUUCUCACUCAGCCUUCUAAGCCUAACUAAGCCAGUCCUAGCCUGGUCCAGCGAAGUCCAGCCUGGUCCACUCUUCUGGACAGGAUACUCAGCUCUGUAAAGACGUGAGGAAUAUGACUGCUGAGACACUUAACUUCGGCCCAGAAUGGCUCCGUGCACUAUCCAGUGGGGGGAGUGUGACGUCCCCCCCUCCUUCCCCCGCCAUGCCAAAGUACAAGCUGGCCGAGUAUCGCUACGGCCGAGAGGAGAUGUUAGCACUUUAUAUCAAAGAGAACAAGGCCCCAGAGGACAUGCAGGAUAAGGAGUUUGCUGCUAUUCUGCAAGAUGAGCCCAUGCAGCCACUGGCACUGGAGCCUCUCACUGAGGAGGAGCAGAGGAACUUCUCCAUGUCUGUGAACAGCGUGGCUGUGAUGAGGCUCAUGGGUAAAGGAGGUGGAGUCGCCCCAGCGAGCAUGGCCCGAGGCAGAGGCACCACACGAGGUGGAGGCCGAGGGCGAGGCAGAGGAGAGAGUGGAGGAUUCUACCAAAGAAGUAUUGAGGAGGGAGAGGUGGGCUUCGGCCGCGGAGCCAGAGAGAUCUAUCGCAGCCAGAGCUGGGAUGACAGGGGCGAGAGGCGUUUUGAGAAGCCUGCACGUGCCAGGGAGGGGGUACGUGUUGGAUUAGAGGAGGUGACGGGUGUCCCUGUGCCGGGGGUGCCGAGGAAGGACUACACGCGGUCUGACAGUGAGAACUGGCGUACCCUCAGAGAGGAGCAGGAGGAAGAGGAGGGGGCCGACCCAGGAGGCAGCUGGAGACUGGCCGGAGCACGUAGAUUAGAUGACGGAGGUCCAAGGUCUGCAGGCUGGCGGGAGCACGACGGUCCGGUUGAGGGGCGUCGCAGGAAGUGUGAGUUUGACUUCGGCGGAGGUCGCAGGCGGGCCGGGAGCGAAGGGUUAGAUGACGACAGAGACGGACUGCCUGAGUGGUGCACUGAUGAAGAGGACGGAGAAAUGGGCACCUUCGACGCAUCCGGAGCUUUCCUCCCCCUAUCCAAGGAUGAGGAGUUUGACUUCCAGGGGAUAGAGGAGGAGGAAGAGAGCCUGUCUGGCAUGGAGAGGAUCAUGAAUGGAGGACAGAGAGUUGACGUCAAGGAAUCAGCCAGUGACGGGGAGGUGAAGAACAGAACCAGUCCCCCCUCCUCCUCUCCCCCUGCCCCUCCAGCCCUGGGCCUCAACCCCCCCAUGCCCCAGCUCUCCCUCACAGUGGCUGAGCUGGAGGCCUCUCAGAUGGCCGACAGCCACCCUCUUCCUGCUCCUCUCCCUGCUCCUGCUCCUCUCGCUGUUCCUGUCCCUGCCAAGGCCAGCAAGAUGCCAAGUGAAGUAGUAGUUCCUGAAGGAUCACCAGCAGAGGGCUCCACCACCCAGCAGAGCCCCAGCACCUCCUCCAGUCUGCCUUCACCCCCUCUCUCCGUCUCCUCCUCCUCUGCUGCUACCCACCUCCCCCCGCCACCAGGGGGUGACACCGAGGACGACGAGGGCAUGAAGCACCUGCAACAGGAGGCAGAGAAGAUGGUGGCGUCCCUGCAGGACACAUCUCUAGAGGAGGAGUGUUUUACCCAGACGCUGCAGGAGAGCAGAAACACAGCCUCCGCCCUGCCCCUCUCCCACGACGCUGCCAUGAAGUGGUUCUACAAGGACCCCCAGGCAGAGAUCCAGGGUCCGUUCACCACGCUGGAGAUGUACGAGUGGUUCCAGGCGGGCUACUUCUCCAUGUCUCUGCUGGUGAAGAGGGGCUGCGACGAGGGCUUCCAGCCGCUGGGCGACGUCAUUAAGAUGUGGGGGCGCGUGCCUUUCGCCCCCGGGCCCUCCCCACCGCCCCUGCUGGUGAGACCUCCACCACCGCGCCCUCAGCCGCUGCCACCCCGGGGUCCUGCUGUGAGUGAGGCAGCUGGGGAUAGGGUGGGGAGGAUGGGUAACAUGGAUCAGGACCGUCUGAAGAAGCAGCAGCAACAGGACUUGGCAGCAGCAGCUCUCUAUCAGCAGCUCCAGCAGCAGCAGCAGCUAUUCCAGCUCAUCAACAGGUGUGGAGAACAAGGUAUGAUGCCUUCAGUGAACAGGUCAAUGUCAGUGCCAGAUACAGGGUCCAUGUGGGACAUGCAUACCUCAGCUUCACAGCAAUCAGGCGGUGAAGCCAGUUUAUGGGACUUAACAAUGAAUUCUUCAACUCAGGGUCCAACACUCGAACAGCUUCAGAAGCUCCAGCAGGAGAGGAGGGAGGCUGAACUCAGGACGAAGCGCGAAGAGGAGGAGCAGCGCAAGAGGAGAGAGGAGAAAAGGAGGCAGCAGGAGGAGCAGAAGAGGAGGGAGGAGGAGGAGAUCUUCAGACGCAAACAGUGUCGCCAGCAGCAGGAUCUGAUCAUGAAGCUCCUCCAGCAGGCACCUCAGCAGGGCUCAGGCUCCGGGGUGGGGUCUGGCUGGGGCACUGGGGGCCUCAACAAGCCAGGGGCCAAGGGCCUCAGUCUGCUGGACAUGCAGGAAGCCGAGAGGCUUCUCAAACAGCAGCAGAGAGCCCAGCAGCAACAGAGGGAACGCCAUCAAGGCAUGUCCAUGGGUCAGUGGGGGGACGGAGGUGCCGUCCCAGGGGGCCUGUGGGGAGGCGGAGGGGGGAUGGAGGGUAAGGCUGGGGGCGGCGGGGCCAUGGGUCUGUGGGAGGAGGCGGUGAAGAACCAGUCCAGAGGUGGCAGCAUGCAGGGUCUGAAGAACAGCCGCAGCAGCCCCUCACUCAGUGAGCAGUAUAUGUUAAGUCGUAGGAAGCAGCGUACGGAGGAGGAGGACAAGCUGCUGAAGCUGCUGCAGGGCAUCAAGACGCCUCAGGAUGGGUUCACCACCUGGUGUGAACAGAUGCUGCAUGCCCUCAACACCCAAGCCAACAACACCUCCUCCCCACUGGACGUGUCCACAAUCGUGGCGUACCUGAAGGAGGUAGAGUCUCCCUACGAGGUGUUGGACUUUAUUUGCUCCUACCUGGGAGACACCAUGGAAGCCAAAGAGUUCGCCAAGCAGUUCCUGGAGCGCCGUGCCAAACAGAAACAGAACCAGAAGAGGCAGCAGGAGCAGCUAUCAAAGGAAGUAGCAGGGCUGACCAUGAACAACUUCCCUCUGCAGGACUCCAUGCGGGGCAUGAACCCCAGCGCCCUGCAGUCUAUGUUCCAGGCGGCCCACAUGGCUAAGGGAGGGAUGUACGACGCCCAGGGGGGCAUGAAGAAGAAGAAACAGCCCGUGAUGCUGCAGUCUGACCCCAGCAUCCUAGGCUACUCGUUCCACAACGCGGGCGAGCGUCUCAACCUAAAUGAGAUGGAGAUGGUGGAGGAUUACUGAUCCAGAUCUGAUCAGCAGCGGCAAUAGCUACUACCUGAGGCCUUCUGUCUACUAAUCAGACAAACCUGAUGACGAAUGUGCACUGCUAGGGGAUGGGGGGGCUCGUAUGGGGACAGGAAGGAGAGGAUUGUUUCACUACCCCCCACCCAAAAAAAAUGAGUAGGGCUCCUCUCCUUAAAUCGUUCACUUGAGUGGGUGGAUGGGUGGAUGAGGUGAAAGGGGGUGUGAUGAGUAUCCCUUGGCACUUGUAAGACUAAGCACCUUAAACUGAACUAAUGCACUUUAUUAUUAAGUUUGAAUAUUUUUUUUUAUGAAUACAGAAUCGGGGUGUGUGUGUGUGUGUGUGUGUGUGUGUGUGUGUGUGUAUUGAAUCUACACGCAAUGCCGUAUGUAUACACGUGAAAAUCUGAACUGGAAGGGUGAGGUGUAUGGUUGGUGGGAUAGGCUCACUGGGAGGGGGAACUCAAAGUUAGAGGGGACCUUUAUUUUGAAACCUUAUCAGAAAAACCAAUCCUUUCUUUAAAGACAAACACUGUUGUUUUUUUGUUUUUUUAAGACAAUACAUUUAUAUAAAAAGUAAAGCUAUUACAAAAAAAAUGGAUACAAAGAAAACUUGAAGAUUUGCACUUGUGUUAAAAAAAAAGAAAGAUAAAAAAACAAAAACAAAUGAGGUUAGGUAUAGAGAUUAAUAUUUUGUGUGUGUGUGUGUGUGAGGGCCGCUGUGUAUCAGAAACACACUAGUCUGCACAAUGUAUAUAUUUUUUCCAUUGCUUACCAAGAUGUAUGUCAUUUGGUUCAAAUUAGAUACAUUUUUUUUUUUUUUUUUCAUGAGUAGAACGUCUGUCCUCUUGUACAGAGGGACUUUCUUUGUAUACUUGUGUGUGAGACCGAGAGAGAGAGGGCAAUCCCACAACACAUCCGUUCUCUCACCAGCUCGUCAUCCCCAGAUAGACGUCGUAGAAAUACAUACAUUUGGGGAGGAGGAUUAUGGCUUUAUGUUGUUGACCACCACUUGUUAAUUUAAAAAAAAAAAUCUGGGUGAUUUUGGAGUAUGGGCUAUACCCCUCCCCUGCUGUCUUCUCUCAGCUUCGGUCUCUGAGCCUCUGUGAGGUUUCAAACAGACAGUGGUAAGGAUCUUUAGUGUGUGUGUACGCCUGUUUCUUUACUAAUCAUAGGAAAGAAGUGAUCCCUACAGGUACUCAUCUCUGUGUGUGUAUAUGCAUGCACAUUUUUGCCUUAGAACUCUGAAAGGGUGAAUGGGAGGGAAUGUUCAGUGGCCAUUGAGACAUUAACUACUUUGAGUGUACUGUUAUGUUAAAGGAGAAUUUAACUAUUUUUAGGGACCUAAUCUUUAUUUUUGAUGUAAAUGGCAUGUUAUAGAAAGGGUCCAGACGACAUAUUUUUUUUUUUGCAAUUUCAUUUGGUUUUGAGAAACUUAACCAGAAGCGAUCGACUUCCUGAGCCUCAUUCUGGAGUUCCAGGGCAUCCAAGAACAUGAGAGCUUUGCUGUUUGUAAAAGGGUGUUUUUGGAGCCCUUUUCAUGGUUUUUCGGUGCCCCGGAACUCCAGGCUCGAGAAGUCAAUCCCUGCCGGGGUACAUUUUUCAAAACCAAGUGAAAUUGCAAAAAGAUGGGUCUGUAAACCUUGUAUAACAUGCCAUUUACAUGCAAAAUAAAGAUAAGGUUCUUAAUGAAAUUCUCUUAAGCGCUCUGCACAGUCAAUGUGCAUGUCAGUCAUGUAUCCUAAUAUUUCUAGUAUAGCCUGGGGAUGAUGAUGAUUCUUCUUUGGAAGGUUAGUCCGGUUUAGCUUUCCUGGGACGUGAUCACGUUGCCUUGUCGGUUUUCUUUAACUUGCGUGUGAAAGGUGUUGAGUUUCAGAUUCUGCUCAAAACAAUUGGCAUCAAACUGUCUGUAUACAGGACAGUGCACAACAUGUUAGCAUAUUUGUGUUACUUAUUGUUGUUGCUAUUGAUAAUGAUGCUGGUGACGUUUCUUUUUUUGAAUGAAUAUAAAUGAACAUUUAUAUAUGAAAAUAUAUAUAUAUAUACAAAGAAAAAAAAGGAUUUGGACUAAGAUUAUGAUGAGCACUUGGGGCUGCUUUUUUUCUCUUUGUUUUUGUUUCAUUACCGCCAUGUGAAGUGCGUUUUAUUUCUUUCUUAAGAAAACAUUGAAUGUAUUCCCCUCCCCCAAAAAAAGACAAAACGUGAUGAUACCGGAUAUAAUUUCAACAACAAAAAAACUCAGAUUGAAGAGGUCUUUCCCCUUUUUCUUUUUUACUCCGAGGAAGAACUCGGGAUGGCUACAGUUGAUCCCACUGCCUCUGCAAUCCUGUUCUUACAAAAACAAUAUUACUAUGAGAAAUAAAAUAGACUUUUCUAUUCCUUACUGGAUUUUGGGUUGUUUACAAAACGGAUUUCUGUGGGUGCAUUUUUUUUUGUGUGUAGGAGUGGGCUUUUGCGAGUGUGCUUCUGCAAUAUGGACAUUCAUUGGCGUACAUUGUUUUUGGCGGGAGGAGGAGUGACAUCACAAUGUGACGGACAAGAUCCUUGCCCUUUGACCCUUUAGUGGGCAUGGCUCUUUGGAACUGACUGAUCCUCAAGGAGCGCAGGAGAAAGAAAUCAACAACAAAGUUAGUCUGUUUUUUUGUUUUUGUUUUGGAGGAGUUCAUUAUUAGUGUGUCUUCUGGUUCCUUUUUUGUUGUUUAACUAGACAAGGACUGAAAGGAGUAUAAAGCUUAAUCAAAAAGCAGAGCACAGCGGAGGUGUUUUUGGUACUUCGACCAUGCAUAAAGGAAACAACAAUAUCAUCGCUUUAAUAGGAGAAAAAAUGCCCUGGAGGGAAAUUGUGGAGUUUCAAAUUUUUUUAUCCACCAACCUAAAAGAGACAGAUGGACAAACCUUUGAGGGGUGGAUGAGAAUAAAGGAAAUUUGAAGA